CUAACCGCGGUCCUCCUUCGUCAACAUGGCGCCGAUGUUGGUACCGCUGAAAUGCGGCUUUCACUUUCAAAAACGAAAAUUAGCGCUUCUUUUUCGACAGACGAGCUCGUAUCAUAUUUGGAAUACAAGACGAAGUGAAAAUGGGACGGAACAUAAACGCCAAAGUUCAUACCUGCUGAGCUCCCCUCCACACCUACGCACAGCUACAUGGAACACAAACAGGAGCGAAAACAGUCGACGGAUUUUGGAGGCAGCAAAACAUUUGCAGGUUACAGACAAAAGAACAUGUUGGCACGGACAUGCAGGAGGAGGACUGAGUGCAGAUCCCAAAAAUGUGCUGAAGGAGGUGAAUUCAGCCCAGAUCCUGUCAGCAAUGCUUUCUUAUGUGUGGCCAAAGGACAGACCAGACCUGCGGGCCCGUGUUGCCAUCUCUCUUGGCCUGCUUGCUGGAGCCAAGAUCACCAAUGUGAUGGUGCCCUUCAUGUUUAAGUAUGCAGUGGACGAGCUUAACCAGAUGUCGGGACACAUGCUGAACCUGAAUGACGCGCCAAGCACUGUGGCUACCAUGGCAACGACCGUGCUGAUUGGCUAUGGCGUAUCUCGGGCCUGUGCCGCCCUCUUCAACGAGCUGAGGAACACUGUGUUCGGCAAGGUGGCCCAGAGCUCCAUCCGACGCAUCGCCAAGAAUGUCUUCCUCCACUUGCACAAUCUGGAUCUUGGUUUCCAUCUCAGCCGGCAGACGGGAGCGCUAUCCAAGGCCAUCGACCGUGGCACACGGGGCAUCUCAUUUGUCCUGAGUGCACUCGUCUUCAAUCUUGGACCCACGGUCUUUGAGAUGGGACUUGUCAGUGCCAUUUUGUAUUACAAGUGUGGUGGGCAGUUUGCAGCAGUGGCCUUGGGUACCUUGUCAGCAUACACAGUCUUCACUAUUCUCCUCACUCAGUGGAGGACUCGUUUCAGGAUAGAAAUGAACAAAGCAGACAAUGAAGCUGGAAAUGCUGCUAUUGACUCUCUUCUUAACUACGAGACUGUUAAGUACUUCAACAAUGAGAAGUAUGAAGCUGAAAGGUAUGAUGGAUUCCUGAAGAUCUAUGAGUCAUCCUCUUUAAAAACCACGUCCACGCUCGCCAUGCUCAACUUUGGCCAGAGUGCCAUCUUCAGCAUCGGCCUAACAGGCAUCAUGUUGUUGGCCAGCAACGGCAUCUCUGCAGGUACGAUGACCGUGGGAGACCUGGUGAUGGUGAACGGUCUUCUCUUUCAGCUCUCUCUCCCUCUCAACUUCCUGGGUACAGUUUACAGGGAGACCAGGCAGGCCCUGAUCGACAUGAACACUCUUUUUACCCUGCUCAGUGUGGACACCAAGAUCAAGGAAAAGGAUCUCGCCCCGCCAUUAGCCAUCACACCACAGGAGGCUACCAUUCGCUUUGAGGACGUUUAUUUUGAGUACCUGGAGGGUCAGAAAGUCUUAAAUGGAGUGUCCUUCGAAGUGCCUGCUGGGAAAAAGGUGGCUAUAGUUGGUGGCAGCGGGUCAGGGAAGAGCACCAUUGUGCGGCUGUUGUUCCGCUUCUAUGAGCCCCAGCGGGGGAACAUCUACAUAGCGGGGCAGAACAUCCGAGACGUCAGCCUCGAAAGCCUGAGGAAGUCUUUGGGGGUCGUACCGCAGGAUGCAGUUCUUUUCCACAACACCAUCUUCUACAACCUGCAGUACGGGAACAUCGACGCUACACCAGAGGAGGUGUACCAAGUGGCGCGCCUAGCAGGCAUCCAUGAUGCUAUCCUUAGGAUGCCCCAUGGCUAUGACACCCAGGUUGGGGAGAGGGGCCUCAAGCUGUCAGGAGGUGAGAAGCAACGUGUCGCCAUCGCCCGUGCAAUCCUGAAAAAGCCGCCCAUCCUCCUGUAUGACGAAGCAACAUCCUCGCUCGACUCUAUCACAGAAGAGAACAUCCUGAGUUCGAUGAGGGGGAUGGUGAUGGACAGAACAUCUGUGUUCAUCGCCCACAGGCUCUCCACUAUCGUGGACGCGGACGAGAUCAUAGUGCUAAAUGAAGGCAAAGUGGCAGAGCGAGGCAACCACCAGACUCUCCUCAGCACUCCGGGCAGCCUGUAUGCAGAUCUUUGGAACACCCAGAACAGCAAAAUCCUCAACAACAGCACGAGCUCGCUCAAUCCACCAGAGGAACACCUCUCCCAGAAGGAGGAGGAGAGGAAAAAAUUGCAGGAGGAGAUCCUCAACAGUGUAAAAGGCUGUGGGAACUGCUCCUGUUGAGAGGAGCUGUCACCUCCACGCCCUCGCCAUCCCCUCACAGAUGGCCUACGCUGGAAUCUGCUGGACUGAGUGCAGUGCUGGGGAGGAAAAGAGGCGUAUAGCUGCUUCCUUUCUGCCCAUGCCCAACUCCAGCCAUACCCCCACCCAUGUGACUACCCCUCCUCCUACUCAUGUGAAGGCCACUGCUCGCCAUAGUGAAGGAGGAGGAGCAGAACAGGGAGCAAGUGUGUUUAGCACUGGCAGCUGUCCAGAGAUGGAGCUUGUAUGCCAGUUGCCUCAGCUGAAGCCAAGCAUAAGAGACCUCGUAUAUCACGUACGUGUGCGUAAGACAUCUGUUAGUCAACAUGGCUGCCCCCCCUCCUCCUCAUUUUUGACAUCAGGUUUAUUGACAUCUUCCAUUGCACUGGAAACAGAUGAGAUUACAUGGAUAGAAAGAAAUAAUAUGCCUUGAUGGUGCAAAAUUUGUACUGAUUUAAGUUUUAAUUUCCUUCAAAUACACUGACUCUAUAGUUUGUUUUUUUUAUAUAAACGUUGAGCACAUGUUACAGUAUAAUCACUCUAAUGGCUAAAUAACAAAAAAUGCAUUUCAACAUUUUGUAAAAAGAAACCUAUUUAAUGAAGAUCUCAGCAGAAUUAAGUGUUAAAGCGUAUUUCCCAUGUCUGCGCUCUCAAUGUAUGUUUAAAAAAUAUGAAAUUUGGCAGAUACUCAAGUCUUCUUGAUGAAUCACAACAUAAUGUGGCUGUUUAGACUUGUGAACAUACAGAACAGCUCCCUAGUGAAUAUGUCACAGUCACACUGAUAUAAAUAUCACACUCUGAGAAUGACAAGAAGCACCUCUAAUAAAUCAUGAAUGAUUUUCACCACACUUGGAGCCACAUUACGAGGCAACAACUUGAAAGCCUCCUUUGGGAAUAUUUGCAGUCAUAUCAUUUAGCCUUGGUUGACAACCUCUUCCAUUGAAAAACAUAUUCAGAGAUUUUUUAUUGUUUCUAAUGCCAAAACAGCUUUCUGGAUUGUAUGAUCAGAAUAAAAAGACUUCCUCCUGAAGGUUUCAUGUAAAUGUAAAUAUUUAAAAGCUGACAGUACAUACAUGUCCUCCUUUUCUGAGGGCUGAUUUGGCUGUGAUACACACAUUUUUAGAAACCUUGGUAUGUUAUUGUGUCUAUAAAAAUGUCUUGAUCUAAACACACAAUGUACUGUUUUAAAUAUUCUGGUCUACAUUGAGUGAGUACGAUACAGACAAAUAAAUGUUGAAU